AGCGCGGCAGUAAACUGAAGACGGGAUUAUGGAAGGGAGGUGGUCUUCACGCAAUGUAAAUGAGCCGAUUUUGGCUCUAGAGUAGGCUACAGUACGGUCGGUCAGUAGUCGAGGGGGCUGGCUGUAGCUGGCUCCGUCAGUAGGUGUGGGAGGGCUGGCUGUAGCUGGCUAAUUCUCCUGCAUAUAGUACAUUAGUGUUAUCAAGCGAGAUACAGUUGCGAUCUAGCGCACUCUGUCCCAUAACGGCUCCAAACCAGCUAGCUACCGCUACUCCAGCUACUAAUGGGUGUGGAGGUAGAGACAAUAUCUCCCGGAGACGGGAGAACAUUUCCUAAGAAAGGACAGACGUGUGUCGUGCAUUACACAGGAAUGUUGCAGAACGGGAAGAAGUUUGAUUCGUCGAGAGACAGGAACAAGCCUUUCAGGUUCAAGAUGGGCCGGCAGGAAGUGAUCAAAGGCUGGGAGGAAGGUUUCACACAGGUGAGCAGAGUUGCAGGACGCCAGUUUGCUAUGCUAUCUGCACGGAGUGCCUACGCGGCCUCGGCUGCCAAGCAGCUGCUCCGGCCGGCUGGUGCUUCGCCUGUGUCGGACAGGCACCUGCGGCGACUCUGGACUGCACCUCCUUCGCGGCAGAAAGAGCUACACCCCACGUGGGCCGAGCUGGCCAAGAAACAGCUGAAAGGGAAGAACCCUGAAGAGCUGAUCUGGCACACCCCGGAGGGUAUAUCCAUCAAGCCGGUCUAUACUCGCUGUGACUCGGAGACUGUCCCUGAUGAACUACCGGGCGUAUUCCCCUUUACCCGCGGGCCCUAUCCCACUAUGUACACCUACAGGCCAUGGACCAUCAGGCAGUAUGCCGGCUUCAGCACCGUGGAGGAGAGCAACAAGUUUUACAGGGACAAUAUCAAAGCUGGGCAGCAGGGCCUCUCUGUGGCCUUUGACCUGGCCACUCACCGUGGUUACGACUCAGACAAUCCCAGGGUGCACGGCGACGUGGGCAUGGCGGGCGUGGCCAUCGACACGGUGGAGGACACCCGGCUUCUGUUCGACGGGAUCCCUCUGGAAAAGAUGUCUGUCUCCAUGACCAUGAACGGGGCAGUCAUCCCCAUUUUGGCCAUGUUCAUCGUGACGGGCGAGGAGCAGGGCGUGCCCCUCCAUCAGCUGACCGGCACCAUCCAGAACGACAUCCUGAAGGAGUUCAUGGUGCGGAACACCUAUAUCUUCCCGCCUGAGCCGUCCAUGCACGCCAUCGCGGACAUCUUUGCCUACACCUCCAAGCACAUGCCCAAGUUUAACUCCAUCUCCAUCAGCGGGUAUCACAUACAGGAGGCUGGCGCGGACGCCAUUCUGGAGCUGGCCUACACCAUCGCCAACGGCCUGGAGUACUGCCGCACCGGCUUGAAGGCUGGGCUCUCCAUCGACGAAUUCGCCCCCAGGCUCUCGUUCUUCUGGGGCAUCGGGAUGAACUUCUACAUGGAGAUCGCUAAGCUGAGGGCGGCCAGGCGGCUCUGGGCCUCUCUGAUCCAGGAGAAGUUUCAGCCCAAAAACCCCAAAUCCCUGCUGCUCCGCACCCACUGCCAGACCUCCGGGUGGUCCCUCACUGAGCAGGACCCCUACAACAAUGUGAUCCGCACAGUCAUCGAGGCGAUGGCAGCCGUGUUCGGGGGCACGCAGUCCCUGCACACCAACUCCUUCGACGAGGCGCUGGGUCUGCCCACCAUCAAGAGUGCCCGCAUCGCCCGCAACACGCAGAUCAUUGUGCAGGAGGAGUCCGGGAUCCCCAAAGUGGCCGACCCCUGGGGCGGGUCCCACAUGAUGGAGUCCCUCACCUCAGACGUUUACAACGCUGCACUCAAGUUCAUCACAGAGAUCGAGGAGAUGGGGGGCAUGGCACGGGCGGUAGCCGAGGGGAUCCCCAAACUCCGCAUCGAGGAGUGUGCUGCCCGUCGGCAGGCCCGCAUCGACUCCGGGUCGGAGGUCAUUGUCGGGGUGAACAAAUAUCGUCUGGAUAAGGAGGAGUCUGUGGAAGUCCUGGCGAUCGACAACACCGCGGUUCGCAACAAGCAGAUAGAGAAACUGAAGAGGGUGAGAGAAACGCGGGACAGCGAGAGGGCGCAGAGUUGUCUGUUGGCCAUUGAGGAGUGCGCUCGCACGCGCAGUGGAAACCUGUUGGGGCUAGCUGUGGAGGCAGCUCGGGCCAGGUGUUCGGUUGGGGAGAUCACAGACGCCAUGAAGGGGGUGUUCGGGGAGCACAAGGCCAGCACACGCAUGGUGAGCGGGGCGUACCGCAGCGAGUUCGGGGAGCACCAGGAGAUCUCCAGCGCCCUCCAGAGAGUUGCACAGUUUAAGAAGCAGGAGGGCAGGAACCCACGCCUCCUAGUGGCCAAGAUGGGACAGGACGGCCAUGACCGGGGGGCCAAAGUCAUCGCUACGGGAUUUGCUGACCUGGGGUUCGACGUGGACAUUGGACCCCUUUUCCAGACCCCUCUGGAGGUGGCCCAGCAGGCUGUGGACGCAGAUGUGCACUGUGUGGGGGUCAGCACGCUGGCUGCUGGACACAAGACCCUCGUCCCUGAGCUGAUCAGAGAGCUGCACAGCCUCCAGCGGCCCGACAUCCUGGUCAUCUGUGGAGGAGUAAUCCCCCCCCAGGAUUAUGAGUUCCUGUAUGAAAAGGGCGUCUGCAGCAUCUUUGGCCCCGGCACCCGCAUUCCCCAGGCGGCCGUCGAGGUGAUCGACAACAUCGAGAGGAGCCUGGAGAAAGGCCAGCAGACACUCUGACACCGCCGCCACCCCCCACUGACCCGCUGAAAGGAUCCUGCAUCACAACAUGCCUGCAGCCUUCGCUGUCUGUAGCCCUGACCCUUCACACACAAGACAUGCGCCUUUGAAUUCUGUCUGAUUUUUAUUUAUGUAGCAUCUUUUAAUGUAAAUCAACAUGAACUGAGUGAAAUGUAUUUCAAGCUGUUGAAUCUUUUUUGAUUUUGGCUCAUAAAUAUUUGGUGAAAUGGCUGCAGAUUAGGAUGAGGCCAAUGGCUGUUACAGACACUACCACUGUUAUAAUCACUGACACCAUGCCAGUGUUAGUUUUUGAUUGUCCAUUUCAGAAAAAAACCCCAAAAAAACACUUUAUCCAAUUUUUGUAUCCAAUUCCUCUUACUGUCUAGAGGGUGCAGGGCUUAUAUAAUAAUAAAAUAAAUUUCCAGAAACUUGUGAAUAAACAAUGGGUGUGUUUGA